GUCAAGGAACACUGUCGCUAGGAGCAACUAUCAGUGCCCCCAUCACAACAGUUGACACAGAAACAAGUGUUUGUGUGUCCCAUCUGCCAAAAUUUCAGCCUGGGAGUUGUAUACCGAAUGGCUUGCCUCCAACUAACACUCGGAGAUUUAAACUUUGAGAUUUAAACUUUGGGAAAUGAUUAAACAAGAUUUAAACUUUGGGAAAUGAUUAAACAAGAUUUGAACUUUGGGAAAUGAUUAAACAAGAUUUAAACAUUGGGAAAUGAUUAAACAACACAGGUUGCAUUGCAUCAAUUUUGAGGUAUAUACUUGCUGACUUCGGGUUACUAUUAUGCCAUCAAAGUAUACCGAAGACACUGAAAUUUAGGCCUCAUAGUAAUCACUACAGAGACUCUCCGUCUGCAGAAACUGCACAAACAGGUUUAGGAAAGUGCACAAGCAGGUUUAGUUAUCGUGUACCUAUCACAACAACAAACGUAUAUACAAGGGAAUGGAGGGGGGCAGAUCGUCAGCAUAAAAUACAUACACGUUGGCUAUCGAACACCCACAACACUUUAGCUAAAAAGUAUAUAGAAAGUUUAGCAUAAGGAGUUAUGCCAGUUAUUACUACUAUUCCUCAAAACAGUAGUUCACACAUUAGGCAAUGUACCAAAACCAUAUCCUAACAAAACUAUUGGACACCGACCACGUUAUAGCUAAAAAGUGGAAAGUUUGUUUUUUUGGCCCAAAAGCAACACUGCAGAAAAUAAUAUGGUCAGUCGGAAUUUUAGCUGAUAUGCGACAGUAAACAACUAUACCCUGAGGAGAAAACUUCUGCAGUCUCGGAGGGCAAAGGUCGCACACUAGCAUGUUUCCGUCGCAAUCUGUAGUCACUGCCGUCGGUUCACCAAAAGUUCCGUCGCUUUUCCCCUCCUUUCCCACAACCUCGAGACACUUGCCGGUCGACGCAAGGAUCCUGACGCAGUGAUUGUGAAUAUCUGUCACAAGCACAGUUCCUGACACCCCACAGCACACUCCACGGGGAUACACCGAGCCAGUCGACGACUGGAAGAACGAGGUGGACAUGUUUUGCGGGCUCCAUAUCAAUUCGGGUUUGACGACGGUCGGUUGCCAGCGAUACGAUUCGUUACGGAGGGGUGGUUUGGGUAGUGGGAAAUAGAUCUCGGCUGCAGUAACAUAGAUGUCUGUGUUCCCAGUCAAAUCUUCCUUCCCUGCUUCAUUACCACGGGCCACCACCAGGUCAUAUUCAACAUCAACGGCAUUCACCCUGGAAAUUGUGUCUGACGAGGAAGAUGAAGGAGAGGGAGGACUUGGUUUAACUUUUUGUUUCCGCGGCAACGGUUUGGGAGGCUUGGCGCCCAAAGUGCGACAAAGAACCUCCAGUUUCGUGUCGCCGAGAGGUGGGGGUUUGAUCGUGAUAUCUUUCAGUUUCAAAGCUUCGCUGCACGACGCUUCGAGCGCCUCUCUACCCGAGUUCAACCGGUGUUUCAGCUCAUCUUCCUUGGCCAAAAUCUCGAAAUUUUCCCUCCGUGUUGCUUGCUCCAACUCUCGCGUGCAGUCUCGAAAUUCUUCGAGGGACUCCUCCAGAGCCGAACUCCCACGCUCGAUUUUUCCCCGACUUGUUUCAAUCUGUCCCAGGAUCUCUCUUUCGAUUUCGGACUCGCGUUUUUUGAGGAUGUCGUGAAUCUUGGCGAAGUAAGUUUUUGCGCCUUGAAUUGCAUCCACGCCCUCUUGUGUGACCGAUUCUGCGAGUGAUUCGAUCGAACAGAGAGAAGCUUCGCCGGCUUCCAAAGCCUCGCGUGAUUCGGGAAUUAACCCUUUCAGCUCUUCCACGUGCUCGGCUAGGACUUCGGUUGCACGUUUAACCCCUUCGUGAUUGAGAUGCAGUUCCAGCAAGCAAUCGCCACAGGCCAGUCUGUUGCAAGUGGUGCAGAAGUAAUCGGCCGAUUUCUUGGUGUGGGUGAGGCAGCGAAACAUGCGCAUCUUCUGAACAGAUCCACGAUUUAGCUCCUCUCUUUCGUCCGGGCUGAGGAUUUCGAUGAUGCGCUCCAACUUGAAGUUCUUUGGAAGACCUGUAACUCCGUUUUCAGGGAGGAUUAUAUUAGCGCGACACUCCGGACAGGCGAUCGCGAUUUCUGCAGACGGAGCAGUUCCUCCGCCACCGGCGGCCGACGGUUUGAGCGGCAGAGGGGGCCGCGCCGUUUUGCGGCUGGCGCUGGCGGCGAGCUGCAGUAGACAGGCGGUACAGAAGGUGUGCUGGCAGGCGAGCGUCCUCGGCUCGCUGAACGUCUCGAUGCAGAUAGGACAGACUAGCUCCUGCCGCGCGGCCUGGACGCGCGUCCGUGACCUCAGCCGCGAAGAAGAAUAUGCCUCGCUAUCGACAUCCAACAUCAUUUUUUGCUCUGACUGGAUUGUUGCUGCUUGUCGGGAUCUUCAAGCUACCCGCAGGCAAUUAAAGGGGCGUGGUUUGUAAUAAUCUGCGCGCAUGCACUGCAUCGUGGGAUUGUUCGGGCGACGUUGAUCAUGUCUGCAGGAAAGAAGAAGAGGAGCAAGACAGCUAGUCAACUCACAGACUUCGCCAAUGGAAAGCAAGUUCCCGACCGGUUGACAACUAGUCAGGGGUGUCCUGUUGACCAUGGCGAUUGCACCAUGACGAUAGGGGAGAGAGGACCAAUACCCUUACAGGAUUUCACGUUUUUGGACACUCUGUCUCAUUUUGACCGCGAGCGCAUUCCUGAGAGGGUCGUUCACGCCAAAGGAGCAGGUGCUCUCGGGUAUUUUGAAGUAACCCAUGACAUCACACGAUAUUGCAAGGCUAAGGUGUUCGGCAAAAUUGGAAAAAGAACGCCGAUUGCAGUGAGGUUUUCCACAGUCGGUGGUGAGUCGGGCAGUGCGGACACUGUGAGGGAUCCGCGGGGGUUUGCAGUCAAGUUCUACGCAGAGGACGGGAACUGGGACCUGGUUGGAAACAACACACCUAUCUUCUUCAUCAGGGAUCCAAUUCUGUUUCCCAGCUUCAUCCACACUCAGAAGAGAAACCCUCAAACCCACCUGAAAGACAUGGACAUGUUUUGGGAUUUCAUCUCGUUGCGUCCGGAGUCCACGCAUCAAGUCUCGUUCCUGUUCAGCGAUCGUGGAAUCCCAGACGGCUUCCGUCACAUGAAUGGAUAUGGAUCGCAUACAUUUAAACUUGUCAACAGCCAAGGGCAGCCUGCAUAUUGCAAGUUCCAUUAUAAGACUGAUCAAGGAAUAAAGAGUCUCAGUGUAAGCAGAGCGGCACAGCUAGCUGGCGAUGACCCCGACUACUCAAUAAAAGAUCUGUUUGAAUCCAUCGCUAACAGGAACUAUCCAUCUUGGACUAUGUACAUCCAAGUGAUGACAUUUGAACAAGCUCAACAACACCAAUGGAAUCCCUUUGAUCUCACAAAGGUUUGGCCACACGGGGAUUUCCCGCUCAUUCCGGUUGGACGACUCGUUCUGGACCGGAACCCGAGAAACUACUUUGCCGAGGUCGAGCAAAUCGCGUUUUCCCCCGCGCACCUUGUGGAUGGCAUCGAACCUUCUCCUGACAAAAUGCUACAGGGUCGUCUGUUCUCCUACGUUGACACCCAUCGCCACAGACUGGGACCCAACUAUCACCAGAUUCCAGUCAACUGUCCAUUCGCAGCCAGACCCGCCCACUAUCUCAGAGACGGCCCCAUGACCAUCGACGACAAUCAGGGGCAAGCACCUAACUACUUUCCCAACAUGUUUCUCUGGACCAAUGGAUACUCCCUCUUGCUCCCUCUCCAAAACAACCGUGGUUACUGGAGACGUGAAACGUUACAAGACGGGUGAAGAUGACAAUUUCAGUCAGGUGACAACGUUCUGGACCAAAGUUCUGACAAUGGCAGAAAGGGAGCGAUUGGUUCAGAACAUUGCCCGUAGUGUGAGUGGAGCUGCUGAUUUCAUUCAGAGAAGAGUGGUGCGCAAUUUCUCGAUGGUCCAUCCCGAUUGGAGAGGGAAUUGCAAGGCUAUUGGAGCAGCUCAGUACUUCUGUAAGACAUCAACCACACAUUAAAACUGUUUGAAAAGCACUAAAGUGC